AAAAGGAGAAGGGUGUUGGGCCUGGCGGGAGUGCUGAGGGUUGUGGGCGGCUGGACUGCUCUCCUGGGCGGUGUCCGGGGAGCUGCUGGCCGAGUCUCCCUGGGUUUGCGCCACCCUCUGGGAGGUGUCCGAGUGCGUGGGGUUCACUAGCGAGACCCUUUGGCCGACGCCAUGGGCUGCUGCUUCUCUAAGAGACGGAAGAGUGAGAAGGAGUCGAGGGCUGAGGGAGAGGAGGAGCAGCCCAAGCUGUACAGCUGGGACCAGCGGGAGAAGGUUGAUCCGAAAGAUUACAUGUUCAGUGGACUGAAGGAUGAAACAGUAGGUCGAUUACCUGGAAAAGUGGCAGGACAACAAUUUGUCAUUCAAGACUGUGAGAACUGUAACAUCUAUAUUUUUGAUCACUCAGCUACCAUUACCAUUGAUGACUGCACCAACUGCAUACUUUUUUUGGGACCAGUGAAAGGCAGCGUGUUUUUCCGAAAUUGUAGGGAUUGCAAGUGUACAUUAGCUUGCCAACAAUUUCGUGUGAGGGACUGUAGAAAGUUGGAAGUCUUUCUGUGCUGUGCCACUCAACCUAUUAUUGAAUCUUCCACAAAUAUCAAGUUUGGCUGUUUUCAGUGGUACUACCCUGAAUUAGCAGCCCAAUUCAAAGAUGCAGGGCUCAGUAUCUUCAAUAACAUAUGGAGUCACGUUCAUGAUUUUACACCUGUAUCAGGAGAGCUCAACUGGAGCCUUCUUCCAGAAAAUGCUGUGAUUCAGGACUAUGUUCCUAUUCCAGCUACUGAAGAAUUCAAAGCUGUACGAAUUUCCACAGAAGCCAAUAGAAGCAUUGUUCCCAUAUCCAAGGGUCAGAGACAGAAGAGCAGUGAUGAGUCAUGCCUAGUGGUAUUAUUUGCUGAUGAUUAUACAACUGCAAAUGCCAGGAAACUAAUUGAUGAGAUGGUUGGGAAAGGGUUUUGCCUGGUGCAGACAAAGGAAGUGUCAAUGAAAGCCGAAGAUGCCCAAAGGGUUUUCCGAGAAAAGGCAUCUGACUUUUUUCUUCUUCUGAACAAAGGUCCAGUGAUUGCCUUGGAAUUUAAUGGAGAUGGUGCUGUAGAAGGAUGUCACCUUAUUGUAAAUGAGAUAUUCAAUGGGACAAAGAUGUUUGUAUCAGAAAAGAAGGAGACAGCAUCUGGAGAUGUUGACAGCUUCUAUAACUUUGCUGAGAUACAGAUGGGGAUUUGAAGCGGAUUGUGGUAUUAAGUCCUUUCCAACCUUUAUAUAUAGAGUUUGAUAAUAUACUUAUGUAUAUUACUCUAAAGCCAUUAGUAAUUUUUACUAAUGCUAAAAUUGUUAAAGGCUUUUUUUAAGUAACUCUUUGAAUACCAUAUCAUUUACUUGAGCAUCUAAAAUAGUUCAUUAAAUUAAGUAGUUUUAAUCAUCUUAUAAAUUAUUUAACCUCCUUCAAUAAGUUUUCAGUUUUAUUUCUUUUCAUAUAAAAGAAAACAGAAGUAGCCGGGUGGUGGUGGCACACGCUUUAAACCCCAGCACUCGGGAGGCAGAGGCAGGCGGAUCUUUGUGAGUUCAAGGCCAGCCUGGUCUAUAGAGCUAGUUCCAGAACAGUCAGUGCUAUACAGAGAAACCUUGUCUCAAAAAAUUUAAAAAAAGAAAGAAAACAAGUGGUUAUCAGUUCACAAUUUUAAUAUUAAUUAAAAUGUUUCAAAUCUCUGAUAAUUUAAACUUUCCAACUUUCCUUAGUGCUGCUCUAUGGUAUUCAUUUGAUUGUGUAUUUUGUUACUUAUUUUCUCUUUUAAUUUAGAGGAAUUUGUUAUUAGGUGAUAAAUAAACCUAUGCACUUUUUUCAAAAAUGCAUAUCCAGUUAAAUAAUCAUUUCCUUCUUGCAUUAUAUGACUAAUGAGAUUUUGUACAUGAAGUUGACAUACUAUUUUGUAAAUUGAAAAUUUUUAAAGAAAUGGGAAUUUGAAAGCUGAGUGUGGUAGUGUCAUCUGUAGUCCCAGGCUACUUGAGUUGUGAAAGUAGAAGAAUCUCUUGAAUUCAGGAGUUCAAGACUAGCCUUGACAACAUAGUGAGACCCUAUUUCAAAAGAAAGAAAAAACUAAGAUACUCAAUAAUCAGCAUUGCAAAUACUUCUGACUGAUGCUGGCAUUGCUGUUUUAAGAACUAACUACUUCAUAAAUAGUAUGGCUGUUUUUUUUAAAUACAAUUGCUAGAUGAUUCUUCUGUUUCCUAGUAAGAAAAAGUAUACGCAACAUAAAACUAUAGAACACCAAUCACUAGCAAAUUUGACAGAGGUGAUUACUGUCUGAUAGCUCUUGUGACUGUUAAGAGACCUAGAGCAAAACCUGUGACUUUUAGGUAAGGAAUACUUUUGGGUAAGGUCUGAUAAUAAGCUAGGCAGGUUAUUCAAAAUCUCCACCUUUUUUUUACUUGUGUAAUGUUCAAGUAUGAUAAAAGUUUUGGUUACCUGAAAUCAUUAUUUCUCAAAUCUAUCUGUUCAUAGUAAUUGUCCAGGAGGUAUGAGAAUUGUUCAGAAAUACACAUUGGUGGAUCCAGUCUUCAGAUGCACAGAUUCAGUUCUCAAGGGAAACUGCUUUAGGGUGUGUUGUCAUCUAAACUAAUCACUUCUGAAGGUGUUGAUAGGUUGGUCUUAUCACAUUUAGCAGCAAAUAGAAACAGCUUUCUUAGGCCCAUUUAAAGGAAUCUGAAACUAUUUUUAUAAAACUGAGACUGAAAAUGACCACUUGUAAAAAAUUCCUUUUAUGGUUGUUACUAAAAGUGUAUUUUCAUGUUUAAAAUGCUUUAAGUCAACUUAUAACUACCGUGUUGAAUUGUUAAUAUGUAGAAAUAAUACUUUGUUAUUUUAAAUGAAUAAUAUCAAGCACCUACACUGUGCCUAGCUUUGUGCUGACUGUCUUCAUUUGAACAUUUCUUUUAUAAAAGCAACAUCUACAAAGUUAAUGUGAUCUCAUAAGGUGCAAAUAAAACUGCUGGAAAGUAUAAUAGAAUUUCUAUCAUAUUUUACAAAUAAUCUUUGCAAAUUGUGGUCAGAGGCAUUAAUGUUUCCCUGAGCUAAGCUAAAUUAAAUACAUUUGUUUCUGUCUUGAUUAUUAAAUGUCAUGAUUCACAUUUAAAAUAAUCUCAAUACUUGUUUUUUAGAACUAAAAUGCAAUGUUAUACAAAGCUAUACAUUGAGUUUUUUAUCUUAUCUGUAGCAUUGUUCAAAAACUCAGGAAUAAAUGUAAAUGAGACAUUAAUUUAAGAUUUUUCCCACCAAAUUUAGCCUGUUAACCAAAGCCUAAUAUUGUCUACGCAGUUAGAUAAGAACUUUUACUGAUGUUGGAUAUUUAUUGACAUUAAUAAUUGUCAGUUGGCUAUUGAAUAUUUGAAAGAUUUUUAAAAUAAUUAGUUCUAUGUUAGUUGUUUCUGCAAUUCUAAACUUUGGUAGUAAUCAUGAUAUACUAACUACAUUUCAUUUCUGAGUAGUUUUUAAUUCAUGAAAAAUAAAUAGCAAUGAAAAUGAUUUUUAUUGUCAUAUUUGUUUAAAUAUCUUAGUUUAUUUCUCAUGCAUUAAUAGUACUGCUAUUUUUCUUUUGGAUCUGUAUAUUUAUGUGUAGCUUUUAUAUGUAAAUUUAUCUAGUGUUUAUAAAAUGUGCUUUGCAAUAAAUGUUAAAAAUUUAAAAUGGGUUAACACUUUUUGAUGAGUACUUCUAUAUUUAUUCAUACAUGUACCAAGAUUUGAUACAAUUUUUAUUUUGCUUUUGGGUGUUUCAUUAUACAAUUUUUAAUUUUAAAAACAAAAUAAAGUGGUCUAAUCUAUGUCUCCUACUAAUGAGAAAUGAACUAUAUGCUGAGUGAGUGUAUAUGUGUUUGAUGUAUAUAUGUGCAUGUGUAUAUACACAAGGUACUCUGAAGAAGUGAAAAGAAACAUUUUAAUAUAAGGAAUUUCUAGCAUAAUGUUUUCUCUGCUAAAAUAAGUCACAUUUUAUUAUGACUGAAUAUUUGCUAAGAUUAGGCAUCUUUCUCUUCCAUAUUUUUAAAAAAAGCUGGGUGUAGCAUAUACAGUUGUAAUCCCAGCAUUUGGGAAUUCAAGGCUAGUGUAGGUUAUGCAUUGAGUACCAGGCCAGCCUGGGCUAUAUACAUAGUGAGCGCCUGUCUCAAAAAAUAAAGAAUUGUGAUAAACUUUCUUUCAGGUUUAUAAAAGUAGAUGGUAUUUUUAUUGUCAAGUCUAUCAACCUUUGUACUCCUUUCCUAGCUCAUUAAACAAAUACUGAAAGUGCAAAUUAGUUUUAAAAAAUAUAAUAUUAUGUUUAUUUCUACUUAUAAAGGUUCUACAAGCACAAUAAGAACAUUCGGAGCAUUGGGAACAAGCAGAAAUGACAACACAAUAAUAAAAUUACUUCCUGUUGAAUACUUCUUGAUGUCUAAACAUUGUUUUUCUCAUAAAAGUUAUAUUUAAGUUUUCUAUAUAAAAAGGGAAAGUGAUUUUAAUGCAUAUGAAAAUUUAAGAUGCUCAUUCUAUACUGUUAGUUCUCCAAGCUCUAGAAUCAAGAUGCCUUCAAAACCCAUUGAAGGGCUGGAGAGAUGGCUCAGAGAUUAAGAGCAUUGACUGCUUUUGCAGAGGUCCUGAGUUCAGUUCCCAGCAACCAUAUGGUAACCCACAACCAUUUAUAAUGAGAUCUGAUUUCCUGUCCUUGACAUACAGGCAUAUAUGCAGACAGAGCACUAUAUACAUAAGUGAAUAAAUCUUUUUUUAAAAAAAUUCUAGAAAACAUUUUAUCUUUUAAAAAGCAUCUCCUUUGCAGUAGAUGGCAGUUAACACAGAGACCCUCAACUAGUUAACAUGCAGAAUAACAGACUGUGGAGUGCUCAGUCCUUAAUGGGACAUUUGCAUCACAGCCCUCCCUCCAAAGCUCGGGGAUCUUCUUGGAAGAGGAGUUGGAAAGAUCCAGAGGUGGUGGAUAACAUCAAGGAAACUAUUUUCUGGAUACAAACAGGCAGGCAAUUGCACACAUGAACUUAUAGUGAUGUGACACCAUGCACAAGUCUUGUGCAACCUCCAGCCAGACAAAAGAUCACAGCACAGAGGGGGGGGGGAGGUGGACACAAAAAUCCCACCACUAGCUAAGAAGCUAUUGGCAUUUGAUAGCUGCUAAGAGAGAGAAUCAGGUUUCUUUAAUGAUGUGACCUCUGGUAGGUUGACCAUAGGCUGUGACAAGCCACACUCCCAAAACCAUCUUGCAACACAAACUGGACUUGAUGGGAGAAAAAAAAUCUCAAAAUUGCAUGAGUAGGAAUUGGAGGAUAGGGAGGGCAGUUAUGGAAGGAGUUGGGCAAAAAGGGUAAACAUGUUCAAAAUGUAUCACAUGAAAUUCCCAAAGAAUGAAUGUUUGAAAAAUAGAUGCAGGAGGUGUGAUGUAGAUGUAUCAAUUGGGAUUGGGUUCCCUGCAAUCUUUUGAUUUCUGUGUUGUGUCCAUAAAUACUGUCCAUAAAUACUACUUCAAAAACAGCACAGGAUCCUUAAAACAGUGUUUUUUAAAGUAUAACACUGAAAAAGCCAGCCUUUGUGUGAAUGAUAGUCAUGUAUAAUAGCUUCAAUCUGAAGUAUCUCUCAAAGGUCCAUGUGUUAGGCUCAGUAGAUAAAGGGGCUUGCUGUACAAGACUAGCAACCUGUGUUUAAACCCACAUAAAGGUAGAAGAAGUAAAGAAUCAAUUACACAUAGUUGUCCUCUAACCUCCACACAUGUGCCAUGACAUGUAUGCCCUCUGACAAUAAUAAAAAUUUUAGAAGGUCCAUGUUUGGGACAUCUGUAUUAUAUUUCCCCUCCAAGGCUUAGGGAACAUUGAGGAAGAGGGGCAGGGAGGACUACUAUGAAGUAGUGUCUUCGGAACAUAACAGAGCCCUUACACUCCUAAACUCAGCAACUGUAGUUGCCUGCCCAGCAUUUGCAACGCUGUGAUUGCCUGCCUGAUACUUGCACAAGAUCAAGCCAGUCAACACUCCAACAUGGAUAAAGGUAGGGCUUAUGAGACUCUGCCCCUAACUGUUGAAAGGGGAAUGUGGUGGGGGACCUGGGAAGAAUUGGGGGUGGUGGAUAUGAUCUAAAUACAUUGUACUAAUAUAUGAAAUUACAAAGAAUAUACUUGUUUUUGGUUUUUUGACACAGGGUUUCUCUGUGUAACAGCCUGGCUGUCCUGGAGCUUGCUUUAUAGACCAGUCUGGCCUUGAACUCACAGAGAUCCACCUGCCUCUGCCUGCCAAGUGCUGGAAUUAAAGGCGUGCACCACCACUGCCCAGCUAUACACAAUUUUUAAAAGUCCAUGUGUUUGGUCACCAGCCUGUCUGUGGUGCUGCCAGGAGGUGAUGGAACUUUUAGGAAAUAGGGUCUAGUGAAGGUCAUUGCUGAUAUGCCCUUCAAAGGGAUAUUUGGACUACCACCCCUUCCCCUUCUCUUUACGCUUCCCAGGCACCAUUAGGUAAACAGCUUUACUGUAUUUCCAAUUCCAUGCCAUGAUGCCUUGCAACAGACCUGAAAACAGUUGAUCAUUUGGCCAUGGACUGAAACCUUUGAAAACAUGGACUGAAAUAAAGUUUCCUCCUUAAAAGUUGGUUUUCCUCAGGUAUUUGGAACAUCAGCAUAAAUCUUAAUAGUUGAAAACCUUUUUGAUAAGUGAAGUAUUUCCUUCGCUGCUGACUUGUUUUUCUUUCUUGGUAUAUACAGAAUGUAGGGGAGGAACAGAGAUAAGCCAUUUAUAGGUCAUCCCUUUGCUUAUGACACUGUGGCCCUUAGUGGUAAGAUGUUCAGAAACUGAUUUUUUUUCCUUUUUGGUUUUUUUAGUGAUUUCUCACUUUCUUGGUGGUGGUUCAUUUUCACCUAUAAAUAGCGAACAUAAUUGGUAGAGCCUUCAGCAUUCUCAUCCUGACUCUGAUCCUCCUGUCACCUGCCUUCACUGCUCCAGUUUAAUCUGGUCCACUUGUAAUUAGACUAAUGAAAAAUAACUUCAAUUGUGGGACAACUAAUUAACUGAUGUUUGUUUUGUCCAUUGAAAGUGAAAGGUAACUUAUAAAUGUUAAGUAUCAUUGUGAUGAACAAAGUGGAUAUGAUGCUUUUUAAAACAGUUUAGUGGUAUGGGCCGUGUACCUCACCACAACUAGGCAGUUGAGUAGGGAAUAAAAAGUAUAAGUGGCAGUUAGGGCUUAAGUGCUGUUCUCUUACAGCAUGUUUCACUUUCAAUUGUAAAAUGUAGUUUGCUUUGUUAGGCUCAUUAAUGAAAUAUUUUAUACUAUUCUUCUUUAACUUAUUAACAGAUAGUAAAUGAUUUACAACUAGUUUUAAGUUUGGGGAUGGAGCCCAGGACUUUGCAUUUGCUAGGCAAGUACUUUGCCACUGAGAUACAUGCCAUCCUUAUUUCUCAUUAGUAUUAGUUCUUAGGGUUGUGAAGAGUCUAAUGUUCUCAAUUUUUUUAUUUUACAGAUGAGAAAGAAAACUGAAGGUCAGAAAGUUUGGAUGGCCUAUCCAGCUCAUACCAUAGUCACUGAACUGCAGUGUAGGCCUCCUUGCUGUCCCCUUGUGGUUACUAGGGGAACAACACUUCAACCUCCCAUAUGAAGCCCUUUCCAACAAUCACAGACAGAAAGACCUGGUCCCUGCUUGAUGCUCACAUGAUGCUCCAUAGAGAUUUCCAAGGACCCGUUUCUAUGCCUGUCUGGCUACUCGUAUUUCUAGUCUAGCAUCUGCAUCACCUAGGAACUGGAUAGAAUAAGCCCCACUCUAGACCUGUUGACUAAACAACUAUGAAUAUAUUAUUCAGGUAAUUCAGGUGUUUAUGUGCAUUUAUACUAAUGUAUGAAAAGCCCAUUCUGUAUUAUUUGACCCCAAACUCUAGAAUCAAAGCUCAGACGUCAUUAUGUACAUAGGGAGUAGAUUAGUGUCCAAUAAUGUGAUCUGUGUUUAAUAAAUGUUUUUGAUUAGAUUAUCCACCAUCUAUUAUACAAUUUUAGCUUCUUGUGUAAUUAAUUCCUCUCUUCAUGCACGUUCCUUGGUUUGGGAAUUAAAAACAAACACUUUUCAACAUUAAA